AUGGUCACCGAACUCACGUCUGAGCUUGCGGUGGAGAAGGACUUGUCACAGAUUCUUGUGAACAAGUAUUUCUUUUUAGCCGCACUGUCCGUCCUGAUGUGGGACCAUCUCACUACACUACCUGACGAGGUACAAACUGUAUGGAAACGGAAGAAGGGCCUGCCCAUGUAUAUGUUUCUUCUUCUUCGGUAUUAUGCUCUUUUGGCUAUGAUCGUCGUCGCCUAUGGCUACUUCUCCCCGACCAUGACGGGCGAACAUGUCUACGCCUUCUACAACCAAAAUCGGGCGAUAUUGGCUGGCUUCCUCGUAGUCAUUGCCAUACAAACCGCCGUGGGGUUCUGGAUAUGGACAUUUCCAGGUAGUGGAGCUGCCCCUGAUCCAAUCAACAACGAGGCUUUUCACUUCUGCGUUUUCCUACCUCCCAAGCGCGCAGGGUCCUUAUCCCCUAUAUUUGUACUUUUCGAUCUCGCAUUCGAGACGCUCAUUUUCGUCCUCACAAUGGCUCGCACCCUCUAUCUAUACAAGACCUACCCCGUGGUUGGUCCCAGACGCAAUACUCUAAUGCAGUGUUUCAUCAGAGACGGCGCCGUAUACUACUUUGCGAUCUUUUCUUUCAACCUGAUGUGGUCCGUCAUGAUUCUCCACGCGCCCACGGGGCUGAGAGCUAUCGCUGCCAUACCGACAUCUGCGUUUUCCGCGACGCUCAUCAGCCGUAUCACGUUCAACAUCCGUAUCGAGGCCAUGGGUACCACGAACGUUUUCGAGCGCACUGAGAACGGAAUCCCACUGUCAGACUUGAGUUGGCGCAAGCAGAUUUCGCCUCGGGGGACGAAUGGCUCCCGUAGCACAGACUGGUCCGAAUCCGUCUGA